AUGCCCAAAAACAACAAGGCCGUCAAGAGAGAGCUUGACGAUGAUGUCUUGGAGUCCGUCAAAGACCUGCUAUCCAACGAGGACACUUGUGAUGAUUCCUUUAAGAAGAGCUCGCUGAUCGUGGGUAGCGGAAGAGGUGAUGGGGAAGGGAAGGAGCUUAACCGUAACGGAGACAUGGACGUGGAGGACGAAGGCUCGGGUGCAGAAGAUGAUGCAGCGAGGCCAGCCUGGAACAGCAAGCUGCAGUACAUCCUGGCCCAGGUGGGCUUCUCUGUAGGCCUGGGCAAUGUCUGGAGGUUCCCCUACAUGUGUCAGAAGAACGGAGGGGGGGCGUACUUGGUGCCCUACCUGAUCCUUCUGAUUGUGAUUGGGAUCCCCCUGUUCUUCCUGGAGCUGUCAGUGGGGCAGCGGGUCCGCAGGGGCAGCAUCGGGGUGUGGAACUACAUCAGCCCUCGUCUCGGGGGCAUCGGGUUUGCCAGCUGUGUGGUGUGCUUCUUUGUGGCCCUCUACUACAAUGUGAUCAUUGGGUGGAGUCUCUUCUACUUCUCCCAGUCCUUCCAGCAGCCUCUGCCGUGGCACGAGUGUCCCCUGGUCAAUAACAAAACCACAAUGUUUGUGGUGCCUGAGUGUGAGAAGAGUUCGGCCACCACCUACUACUGGUACCGUGAGGCUUUGAACAUCUCUGACUCCAUCUCUGAGAGCGGAGGCCUCAACUGGAGGAUGACCAUUUGUCUGCUGGCCGCCUGGUCCAUCGUCUGCCUCGCCAUGAUCAAGGGCAUCCAGUCCUCCGGAAAGGUGAUGUACUUCAGCUCGUUGUUCCCCUACGUAGUGCUGAUCUGUUUCCUGGUCAGGGCUCUGCUCCUCAAGGGAUCCGUGGAUGGGAUCCGACACAUGUUCACACCCAAGUUGGAGAUCAUGCUGGAGGCCAAAGUGUGGCGCGAAGCGGCCACACAGGUCUUCUACGCCCUGGGCCUGGGCUUCGGAGGGGUCAUAGCCUUCUCCAGCUACAACAAACGGGAUAACAACUGUCACUUCGACGCAGUGCUGGUCUCCUUCAUCAACUUCUUCACCGCUGUGCUGGCCACCCUGGUGGUGUUCGCCGUGCUCGGCUUCAAGGCCAACAUCAUGAACGCCAAGUGUGUCGCACUGAACACAAAGAAGAUAGUUGCUUUGCUAGGGAAUGAGGUCAGCCACGACUUGAUCCCCCACCACAUCAACUUCAGCGCUACUGUGAGUGCUGAGGACUACCAACAGAUGACAGAGAUCCUCAGAGGGGUGACGGAGAAGGAUUACCCGAGUCUGGGCCUGGACUCCUGCAGCAUCGAGGAAGAGCUCAACAAGGCAGUGCAAGGUACAGGCCUGGCCUUCAUUGCCUUCACAGAGGCCAUGACCCACUUCCCGGCAUCUCCCUUCUGGUCCGUCAUGUUUUUCCUGAUGCUGGUUAACCUGGGUCUGGGCAGCAUGUUUGGUACCAUCGAGGGCAUCAUCACACCUUUGGUCGACACCUUCAAAGUCCGCAAGGAGUUCGUCACAGUGGGUGUCUGUCUGCUAGCCUUCUUCAUCGGCCUGCUGUUCGUUCAACGAUCUGGGAACUACUGGGUGGCUAUGUUUGAUGACUACUCCGCCACACUGCCCCUGCUCCUAGUGGUCAUCCUGGAGAACGUGGCUGUUGCUUGGGUCUACGGGACUGACAAGUUCUUUGAGGACCUGAAGGACAUGCUGGGCUUCACUCCGUUUCGGUUCUACUACUACAUGUGGAAGUACGUGACCCCCCUGCUGCUCAUCCUUCUGCUGGGCUCCAGUGUGAUCCAGAUGGGAAUGACCCCACCCAGCUACAGUGCCUGGCUAGAGGACAUGGCCAGUGAGAAGUCCCUUAAAUAUCCCCCUUGGGGCCUGGCGGUCUGCAUCUCCCUGGUGGUGUUGGCCAUCAUGCCUGUGCCUGUGGUCUUCUUCCUCCGCUACUUCAACAUCAUCGACGAGAACGCUGGCGUGGUGUCCACCAUCUCCUACAAAAAGGGCUGCAUCAUCAAGGAGAGCGUCAGGCCCGAGGAGGACGAUGAUGCCAGCCUCCUCCACUCCAAUUCGCCCGGCAGCGAAGCGCCCUCUCCCAUGCCUGGCAACAGCAUCUAUCGUAAGCAGAGUGGAGGGGUCCCCGAUGCCGCGCCCAACGGCCGCUACGGCAUCGGCUACCUGAUGGCUGACAUGCCAGACAUGCCCGAGUCAGACUUAUAG